AUGGACACACAAGAGCUUUUAAGGAUCCUUGAAGAUCCACAGCUCUUCCAAGAGAAGGCCGCACUCAUACGAAAUGAUCUUAUAAACCAUAUCAAAGUUCAGGAUGUUACGAUCGAGGAAGUCAAUACUGAACUUGAAACAUCAAGAACCGCCAACAAAGCUUUUAAGCAAGCAUUAUCCGAAAUUGGAACGGUUGUUAUUUCUGUUGCUAUGGGGGAUUUAUCGAAGAAGGUAGAAAUCCAUACAGUGGAAUCCGAUCCGGAAAUUUUAAAGGUGAAAAUCACUAUCAAUACCAUGAUGGAUCAAUUACAAGCUUUUGCUAAUGAAGUCACUAAAGUUGCCACAGAAGUGGCAAAUGGUGAGCUUGGUGGACAAGCUAAGAAUGAAGGAUCCGUUGGUAUAUGGCGUUCUUUAACAGACAACGUCAAUAUUAUGGCGUUAAAUUUGACAAACCAAGUAAGAGAAAUUGCUGACGUUACCAGAGCUGUAGCUAGAGGUGAUUUGUCGAGAAAGAUUAAUGUUCAUGCCCAAGGAGAAAUUUUACAAUUACAAAUGACAAUCAACACCAUGGUGGAUCAAUUGAGAACGUUUGCCUUUGAAGUGUCCAAGGUUGCCAGAGAUGUCGGUGUUUUAGGUAUCCUAGGUGGACAAGCGCUUAUUGAAAAUGUUGAAGGUAUUUGGAAAGAACUUACCGAUAAUGUGAAUGCUAUGGCGUUGAAUUUAACAACCCAAGUGAGAAAUAUUGCAAAUGUCACUACUGCUGUCGCAAAGGGUGAUUUAUCGAAAAAGGUUACUGCAGAUUGUAAAGGUGAAAUUUUAAAUUUGAAACUUACAAUCAAUCAAAUGGUGGAUCGAUUACAGAAUUUCGCUUUAGAAGUGACUACAUUAUCCCGCGAGGUCGGAACUUUGGGUAUUCUAGGUGGUCAAGCUAAUGUUCAAGAUGUGGAAGGUGCUUGGAAGGCAGUUACAGAGAAUGUUAAUUUAAUGGCCACAAAUCUUACAAAUCAAGUGAGAUCUAUCGCAACUGUCACAACUGCCGUCGCCCAUGGGGACUUAUCUCAAAAGAUUGACGUACAUGCACAAGGUGAAAUUUUACAACUUAAGAAUACUAUCAAUAAGAUGGUGGAUUCUUUGCAACUUUUCGCCUCUGAAGUGUCUAAGGUUGCUCGUGAUGUCGGUAUCAAUGGUAAAUUAGGUAUCCAAGCACAAGUGAGUGAUGUCGAUGGAUUAUGGAAGGAAAUUACUUCCAAUGUUAACACCAUGGCCUCUAACUUGACUUCUCAAGUGAGAGCUUUUGCUCAAAUCACAGCUGCAGCCACUGAUGGUGAUUUUACAAGAUUUAUCACUGUUGAAGCCAGUGGUGAAAUGGAUGCUUUAAAGACUAAGAUUAACCAGAUGGUGUUGAAUUUGAGAGAAUCAAUUCAGAGGAAUACUGCAGCAAGAGAAGCUGCUGAACUUGCUAAUAGUGCAAAAUCCGAAUUCUUGGCUAAUAUGUCGCACGAAAUCAGAACUCCUCUUAAUGGUAUCAUUGGUAUGACUCAAUUAUCAUUGGACACUGAGUUGACUCAAUAUCAGAGAGAAAUGUUGUCCAUUGUUCAUAAUUUAGCAAACUCGUUGUUGACAAUUAUUGACGAUAUUUUGGAUAUUUCUAAGAUCGAAGCUAAUAGAAUGACUGUGGAACAAAUUGAUUUUUCCUUGAGAGGUACUGUAUUUGGAGCUUUGAAAACUUUGGCCGUGAAAGCCAUCGAGAAGUCAUUAGACUUGACAUAUCAAUGUGACUCUUCCUUCCCUGAUAACUUGAUUGGUGAUUCAUUUAGAUUAAGACAAGUUAUUUUGAAUCUCGCUGGAAAUGCUAUCAAGUUCACCAAGAGAGGUAAGGUUAGUGUGAGUGUGAAGAAGUCUUUCAAGAGACUGGAAAACAGUGAAAAACUCUUGCUUGAAGUUUGUGUUAGUGAUACUGGUAUUGGUAUUGAAAAGGAUAAGUUAGGGUUAAUUUUCGAUACCUUUUGUCAAGCAGAUGGUUCCACUACAAGAAAGUUCGGUGGUACCGGUUUAGGUUUAUCAAUUUCUAAACAGUUGAUUCAUUUAAUGGGUGGUGAAAUUUGGGUCACUUCAGACUAUGGUGAAGGGUCUAAUUUCUAUUUUACUGUCAGCGUCUCUCCAUCUAAUAUUAGAUACACUCGUCAAACUGAACAAUUAUUACCAUUCAGUUCACAUUACGUGUUAUUUAUUUCUACUGAGCAUACCGAUGAACAACUUGAGAUUAUAAAGGAAGCUAUUGUCGAAUUGGGAUUGAACCCUAUUAUUGUACGCGAUAUUGCCGAUGCUAACUUGACUGAUCCUGUUAGAUAUGAUAUUAUUAUGAUUGAUUCGAUUGAAAUUGCAAAGAACCUUAGAUUACUCCCUGAAGUUAAGUACAUCCCAUUGGUCUUGUUACACCACUCGAUUCCAGAGUUGAACAUGAGAGUUUGUAUUGAUUUGGGUAUUUCAUCAUAUGGUAACACCCCAUGUACUAUAACAGACUUGGCCAGUGCAAUCAUUCCAGCGUUAGAAUCGAGAUCAAUUUCUCAAAACACUGAUGAAUCUGUCUCUUACAAGAUACUCUUAGCUGAAGAUAAUUUGGUUAAUCAGAAGUUAGCUGUUCGUAUUUUGGAAAAGCAGGGUCAUCAAGUUGAAGUCGUAGAAAACGGUUUAGAGGCGUUUGAAGCUAUCCAGAAGAAUAAAUAUGACGUGGUGUUGAUGGAUGUACAGAUGCCAGUUAUGGGAGGUUUCGAAGCAACUGAAAAGAUCAGGCAAUGGGAAAAGAAAUCAAACCCAAUUGAUUUCUUGAGCUUUAGAACACCAAUUAUCGCCUUAACAGCACAUGCAAUGUUGGGAGACAGAGAAAAGUCAUUAGCAAAGGGUAUGGAUGACUAUGUGUCUAAGCCUUUGAAGCCUAAACUUUUAAUGCAAACCAUUAGCAAAUGUAUUCACAACAUUCGUCAAUUAAAAGAACUUUCAAGACAAAAUAAUAGAUCCUCUGAUUUGGCAAAGAAUUUGAAAAUGGGUUCCAUCAAAAGUAGCGAGCAUUCUUCAUCUAAUUUACUUUCUGGAAUGUCAUCAAGUCCUAACGGCGGUAAUUCUGGAAAUGGUACAACUUCGUCUCGCUCAACUCCACCUAUUUUUGAAGGAUCACCUCAGAAGUCACACUCAUUUGAGAAUGGUAGACCAGGUCAAUUAAACCCUCAAAACCGCUCAGUAACUGAGAGCAGUAUCAAUUUUAUUACUACUAAAUUAUCCACUACAACCAACACAGAUGAAGUUCCACCGAAAUUUGAGUAUCUUGACUAA